CGAAAAAUCCAUCCGUCCAACAUGUGGAUUUCUUACAUGAGCCUGGGGCAAGACUGGCUGGCGUAAGAUAAGCGACAUCCGCGGUGUGGUUUUCAUAACAAUAAAUGUUCUGAAACAUCAGUGUUUCAAUCUUUUCACUCCGUUCACAAUGUCCAAAUUGACAUUGUUGACAUGCUUUGUGCUCUAUGUGAAAUAUGUGACAGGUCAAUGGGCAAUCGAUGAUGAUGGUUGCAUCACACCAUUCAGGGGUUCUGGCUCAUGCGAGAGCAUAUACAAUUGCCGACCACUGACAACUUUCUUGAGAAAUGCACCGCAGCCCUUAUCAAGUGAGAAUAGGAGAAUACUCCAGGGUUACCAAUGCGGUUUCGAACAGAACAACAUAAAAGUAUGUUGUCCUUCAGAUCCCACUGAAAUUGCUCGUUUGGAAGGUGUGGGACAAGAGUCAGAACCUGCACCACCUGAUGUUUCGGGCCAUAGAAAUUUGAGGCUUCUUCCUGAAGAUUGUGGGAGACUUGACACAGACGUGAGGAUUAUAAACGGAAAUCAAACAGGGUUAUUUGAGUUUCCUUGGAUGGCAUUAUUGUCCUAUAGAUUAGCGAGUGGACUGAGAUUCGGAUGUGGAGGAACGAUUAUUAACAACAGAUAUAUACUGACUGCAGCCCAUUGUAUAGCGGCAUUGAAAAAUCCAUUAAUUGGCGUCAGAGUUGGAGAGCAUGACUUGAGAACAAAACGAGACUGCGAGACAGUAAAAAAUAGGACAACUUGUGCACCUCCUGUUCAAGAUGUUGCGAUAGAUAGAUUGAUUAUACACCCUGAAUAUAAUACAUCGUUAUACAGUAACGACAUUGGUCUAAUUCGAUUAGCAACCAGAUUGAGAAUGGACACAAAUGUUGCCCCAAUAUGUAUGCCGAUAACAAAUGAAUUGGCAUCCUAUAAUUUUAGCGGUCGACAAGUGAUAGUUACAGGAUUCGGAACUACAGAAACAGGAGCAGCUAGUCCAACGCUACUCAAGGUUCAAAUACCAUACAUCGAAAGAAGUGUCUGUAGAAAAACCCAUGAAGCUUCAGCACCAGUAAGCCAUAGACAAUUAUGUGCUGGAGGUAGAAACAAACAUGAUUCUUGUGGAGGAGACAGUGGAGGUCCACUGCAAGUUGCAACAUCGUACUUAGAUGAACCUAGAUACGUCCAACAUGGUAUUACAUCUUUUGGUCCAAAAAACUGUGGAGCUGAGGGUUUUCCUGGAGUUUAUACAAGAGUUGCUUACUACGUUGACUGGAUUCUAGACAAUAUUUCCUCUUGAUUGAAUUAUUUAGGAUACUUGAGAAAGACGUAAUGACACUGUCUGAGAAGCAGUGGAAAAUAUUCUUCUGGCAUCAGAAAGGAGUUCCUGUGACUCAUCUGUAUUCAGAAACGAUUACUCCAUGAGAUUUAGUAAAUUAUUUUAGUUCUUCAAUAAAACAUUAUCAUUUUUGUA